AUGGAUCUCAGGGAUGAAGAUGAAGAGGGGGCACAGACUGGUCAUCCCAGAAAUCCGACCCAUGUUGCUCCAUGUCCUGGGGGACUCAUGUUGCACCAUGUUCUGGGGGACCCUCUGGGGCAAGAGCCCAAUGAGGCAAACUUGGUGCCAGGACCCCUUCCAGGACUUCAUGUCCCCACUGACAUUCUGGGGAAAGAGCUCAAUGAGGAAACCUCAAUGCUAGGAUCCCUUCCAGAACCUCGCGUCCCCACAGAUAUUCUGGAGGAAGAGCUCAAUGAGGGAACGUCGGUGCCAGGAUCCCUUCCAGAACCUCACGUUCCCACUGAUAUUCUGGAGCAAGAGCUCAAUGAGGAGAUGUCAGUGCCAAGAUCCCUUCCAGAACCUUGCAUCACCAACGACAUUCUGGGGGAAGAGUCCAAUGAAGCAACCUCAGUGCCAGGAUCCCUUUCAGGACCUCGCAUCCACACUGAUAUUCUGGAGGGAGAACUCAAUGAGGCAACUUCAGUGCCAGGAUCCCUUCCAGCUUCUCAUGGCCAAAGACACCUCAGCAUCUGCGAGGAAUGUUUGCAAAACCUCAAGGCACUGAGGGGAGACCUCCGAAGACUGCAGAGCAGACUGGAAAGUGUGGAAGCCACUAUGGGGAUCCUGGUUCCUCCAAGGGAGCUGUAUGUUGAGGAGGAAAAAGAGGAAGACAAAAACCAGACAGUGCUUCAUCCAUAGGUAGCAAUAAAAUGCUGCAUAUUUAUUUUAAAAAUAUUAAACAUUUGUUUUAAUAGGAUAGGAUGUAGAGAUAAAACAGCAAUAGAGCAUGCAUAUUUACUGCUUAAAAAUAAAAAGUUGAUUUAAAAGAA